CCUCUAUUCAUCAAGUCGAGCCACCAUAUCGCCACUGCAGAAGAUAUAAAAAUGGCAAGUUAAAAGCUCUGGUGCUGCUUUUAUGUGCCAGCCCUCUCAACGAUGGACUGAGCACCACUUUGCUAUCUGAUAUUGCUCACCGUUUACUCAAAAGAAAAGAAAUAGCAAUGAUACAAUGCUUUAUAAAUAUACUACUCAUGGGGAAGCAUAUCGUGGACUAUUUUGUUCUUUACUUCCUUGGGUUACUCGGGGCGUGGUUGUUGCUUGACAUCGUUGGGCUAGUUGCACCAAGGAAGAUUGCGGGAAUCCCCAGUAUUCCGGGCUAUCCUAUCGUGGGAAAUCUCUUUCAGCUACUUGAGAACGCUUCAAAGACAUAUACUGGUUGGUCGGAACGGUAUGGAGACGUAUAUCAGGUGCGUAUGGGAGCGCAUCGUUUUUUGGUUAUCAACUCAUUCGAGGAGGUAAAGCAGUUUUGGAUCAAGAAUUCCUGUGAAAACAAUUCUAGGCCUGUGUUGUACACUUUCCACAAGAUUGUCUCCAAGACCCAGGGUUUUACCAUCGGAUCUACUCCCCAGGGACCCAGAUACAAAGUGAUGAAGAAAACAGUAUCUACUGCGUUGAACAAGAGGAACGUGUCUAUUCUAGCACCUGCGAUAGAUGACCAAUCCCGUGCCGUCAUCCGAUUUAUAGUCGAGACCAUGAAACAGAAACAGCCCGUGGAAACCGAUUUAAUGAAUUGUUUCCAGAACUUUGCCUUGAAGCUCAGUAUCUACAUGGCAUAUGGGAUUGUUCUCGAUACUGAAAACCGGGAUCGGGAGUUGGCCCAGGAAAUCAUCAAGAUAGAGAAUAAAAUCAUCAACUUGCGAAGUCAGACCUCUAACUUGGAAGACUACCUCAUCUUCUUGCGGUACAUUCCACUUAUCAGACUGACCGAAGCCGCUGCGAAGUACAGACACAGGCGGGAUGUCUACAUGGACAAGUUUCUCUUUGAUUUGAAGCAAAGAAUUCUCGCGGGGAACCAAACAGACUGUCUUGUAUCUCAGAUCCUAGGAAACCCCGUUUCCGGCAUCACUGAAUCUGAGUUAAAAAGUAUCUGUCUUACUCUUGUCAGCGCGGGGUUGGAUAACACGCCGUACACGUUGAACCACUGUAUGGGCCACUUAUCCCAGCCAGUUACGGGGGAAAAAUUCCAAGCCUUGGCCAUAAAAGAGCUAGAGAAUACUUAUGGUAACUUGAAAAAGGCUUGGGAACAGGCCCCCUACGGCGUUUCCUGCGACUACAUCGUAGCCCUCUUGAACGAGACGUUAAGAUAUUUCACGGUGCUUCCACUUUCCCUCCCACGAGCCACAUCUAAAGCUAUCAUAUAUAAAAACAGCGUUAUUCCCGCAGGAACUUACUUGAUCAUGAACGCGUACCAGGCCAACCACGAUCCCAACCAGUUUAGCGACCCCACCCAGUUCCAGCCCCUGCGUUUCUUGGAUGGAGACAACAAAUUGCACUUCCGAGAGAGCGAAGGAACACUCCAUUUUACUUUUGGGGCUGGGUCACGGGGUUGCUCUGGGAAACACUUAGCCUUUCAGGAAAUGUACACACUUCUUGUACGCGUGCUUAUUGCCUUUAAGGUGACACCACCACAGAAGAGUGAGGAAUUGAUGUUGUUAGACCCCUUUGAGAUGAACCAAAGAAAGGGAGCGGUUUCGUUUGAGCCUCGGCCGUUUAGAUAUGGCAUACAAAUACGGGAUCCUGAGCUUUUACAGGGCUUGGUGAAUCCCGAGCUGGAGUGAGCUCGAAACCGUCCUGAAUUUGGUAUUUACAUAUUAAUUCACGAGAAGCCGCAUGGUAUAAGUCAUGUAGGUGUGAGCGAAGAGUGAGACUGUGCAUAUACCUAGGCAGACAUACCAAUGGAAUGAGCGACGAAGAAUUACCUGGCCCAACUCUGAGACCAGGGAAUAUGAGCAAACAAUCCGACAAAAGUUGUGGAAGUUAAGGCUAGUGGAUCCUUGUUGGAGGGUAACCGUAAACUACAGCCACUGGGACGUUAUCCAGACGAAUAUAAUUCUCAAUGCUUUCGGAUACGGUUCAGCAA